AUCUGUUAGCAGGUUGAGUAAGGAAUUAAUUCAAUCUCAUCUUUCAUGCCAAAUUCCUUCAAUGUCCUAAAAGGACUAUUGCAGAAUAUAUGACAGUAUGGUAUUAAGAAAGAUAUCCAAGACAAGGAAAGAUUGUUUUUUUUGUUUGCCUAGAAAUAAGGUGUGCAAAUUUUUAAUAGUAAGAAUAAUUAACCAUUAGAAAAACACAUCUAGAGGGUGUUUCCCCAUCACCUGAAGUCUUUAAAACAGAAGUUAUCAGCUUGAUGCUGGAGCCACUUGGUGAAAUUCUGUGACCUGUAUUAUGCAAGAAGUCAUACUAGCAUACAACCAUAAAAGCUUAUCAGAGCUAAUUUAUGCAACUGUUUGUAUAAAUGUUCCUCUCUUUUCUUCACUAGGCCAGACCAGAUCAUGUUAUGGAUCCAACCAAAAUUGGAAGGAUACAUGGGCCGAUGUGAAAGAACAUGGACUUCUGAGAACCCUAACGUUCUAGAUGCUUAAAAUAGAAGAGCCUGGCAUUAUGGUGAUCAGUUAGCAGUGGCUACAAAGAUGGAAAAGCAAUGGAACUUUCUACUUGUACCUAUAUAAAUAAAGUUUAAUAAGUCAGAGACUUUAAACUGAACCAAAUAAUUAGUCCAGCCAUGGGAGAAAAUGAAAGUUUUUGGGAGAGCUUAAUAUAUGCACAUCCUACUUGUGUAGCCUGGAAGCAAGAGGCAGAGGGAGCUAUCUACCAUCUAGCUAGUAUUCUGUUUAUUGUUGGCUUCAUGGGAGGAAGUGGAUUCUUUGGGCUGAUGUAUGUUUUCAGUUUGCUUGGAUUGGGUUUUCUCUGCUCCUCUAUAUGGGCUUGGCUGGAUGUCUGUGCUGCUGAUAUAUUCUCCUGGAACUUUGUCCUGUUUGUGAUAUGCUUCAUACAAUUUAUUUAUGUUACCUACCAAAUUCGGAGUGUUUCUUUUGAAAAAGAAUUCCAGGAACUCUACAGUUCUCUUUUUCAGCCUCUGGGAAUCUCCUUGACUGUUUUCAGGAAGAUUGUCUUGUGCUGUGAUGCAGAAGUGGUUACCUUGGAGAAGGAGCAUUGUUAUGCUAUGCAAGGCAAAACACCUAUUGAUAAACUGUCUAUGCUAGUGUCUGGAAGGAUCAGAGUGACAGUUGAUGGAGAGUUUCUGCAUUAUAUUUUUCCCCUUCAAUUUCUGGAUUCUCCGGAAUGGGAUUCCCUAAGACCGACAGAAGAGGGUAUUUUCCAGGUAACUCUUACAGCAGAGACGGACUGUCGAUAUGUGGCUUGGAGGAGAAAGAAACUGUAUUUGCUCUUUGCUAAACACCGUUUCAUCUCGCGUCUGUUUUCAAUUUUAAUUGGGAGUGACAUUGCUGAUAAAUUAUAUGCCUUGAAUGACAGAUGUAGCUGGGGGAGGGGGAUGUUCUGCAAGAUGAAUACCACAGAAAUACUUUCGUUCACCAUGACCCCAUUAGGUUUUAUACCAGAUUUAAAAAAUGCCACCCUUCCACCUGUCAAUGAGACUGCGUGUGAAAACUGGAAAGAGAUUCAUCAUCUGGUUUUUCAUGUGGCAAAUAUUUGUUUUGCAAUUGGAUUGGUUAUUCCAACCACUCUGAAUUUCCAUAUGAUUUUCCUGCGAGGUUUGCUUACUAUAGGAUGUGUACUUUUCAUCGUCUGGGCUACAUUCUACCGUUGUGCCAUGGAUAUAAUGAUCUGGAAUUCAGUGUUCUUAGUUGUCAACUUCUUGCAUUUUAUAUAUCUGCUGUACAAGAGAAGACCGAUCAAGAUAGAGAAGGAGUUCAGUAGUUUGUACAAGAGAAUGUUCGAACCACUCCAUGUACCUCCAGAACUGUUCAAGAGGUUAACUGGACAAUUCUGCAACAUUCAGACUUUAAAAACAGGUCAAGCAUAUGCUGCAGAGGACAAAACAUCAGUUGAUGAUCGAUUAAGUAUCCUGUUGAAGGGAAAAAUGAAGGUCUCCUAUCGAGGGCAUUUUCUGCAUAAUAUUUACCCCUGUGCCUUUAUAGAUUCUCCUGAAUUUCGGUCAACUCAGAUGAACCGGGGUGAAAAAUUCCAGGUCACCAUUACUGCAGAUGACAACUGUAAGUUUCUGUGCUGGUCCAGGGAACGACUGACUUUUUUUUUGGAAUCUGAACCAUUUCUUUAUGAAAUAUUUCGAUAUCUUAUUGGUAAAGAUAUUACAAACAAACUCUACUCAUUGAAUGAUCCAACACUAAAUGAUAAGACUUCCAAAAAAAUUGAUCGGCAGCCCAGCCUUUGCUCACAGCUCUCUGUGAUGCAAAUGAGAAACAGCAUGGCUAGUUCCAGUGACAGUGAAGACGGCUUGCAGCAGUUCCUUCGAGGAACUUCCACCGCCUCCUCUCUUCGCCGGACAUCUCCCUAUAUGAGAACUUCGGGAAAAAUGAAACCAAUAGAAGAAAGUGGUGAAGAUGAUGUCUUUGAGCUACCAUCUGCUGUUAAGUUUGAAGUUCAGUGACUGCCUUGAAUUGACAUGGUGUAGAACAUCCAGGGACUUUGUGGCUAGAGCAAAAGCAAGAGGCUAUUUACAUGGGAUUUUGGAAACUAUCAGCACCCUUUACUUUCAUAGAAAUGUAUUACAAUAUACCUGUUAGUGGCUUUUAAGUAAAGAUACCAGAUUUUAUUUAUUCUCCUUUAAAAAAUAAAAAGGCAUAGAUUAUAUUUUUACUGAUUGGCCAUGAUUUUCCUCAAUGGUGGUAUUUUUAUUUUGGCUCUCUGCUGAGUUAAAUUCAGCUUUAAGCAACAAAUUAGUCUGAAACUUCAUAUACUUAUUAGCUACCAUUUUCAAAAUCACCCAACUCCCAGUUUUCUAAGCCAUGUAGGAGCCUAAAGCUAUGUCUAUGCUUGCCCAUCUUAGCAUAAAAAUUCAGGUUUUCGCACAAAUACCUUGCUAGUGGUGUCGCUGAAAAUGCACAUUUUGUACUGACACUGCUGAGUUUCAGCGCAAAAAUUAAACCACCCCAGUGAGAGUCGUUUUGCACUGAUGUGCCAGUGAAGACUCUUGAUUGCUUUUACUACUCUAAUUGCCCUCUAGAGCUAUCCCACCAUUGAGAAUGGGAGUGGCUGCUCUUUGAAAUUCAGCUGUCCUCUCUGCAGAUAUGUGCCCCUCCCCUUUAAAUCUGUUCUCACAUUGGGUGCUGUCACUGCUCCUGGGCACACAACAAAUAAUUAUUGUAGAAUGUUCCUGCUGCCUCCCACAAAGUGAACAGAAGCAGGCAGAGAGAAUAUGCUGUGCAGAGUCACGGAGCGAGGUGGGAGUGAGGUUGGGAUUUUCCUGCUCCCGUGACUCAGGAUUGGUUGUUUCUUUCUUUCUUUCUUUCUUUCUUUCUUUCUUUCUUUCUUUCUUUCUUUCUUUCUUUCUUUCUUUCUUUCUUUUUCUUUUUCACACACACACACACACCACCCAUUUCUGCCACAAUAAUGAUUUGCUUUGUGUCCCAGAGCAGUGCAUAGUGGGAUGUCUACCACAGUGCAUGCUUCUCAUUAGUGAUGCAAGUGCUGAAUAUGUAAGUGCUCUCUGAUGCCUGUGGAAAACAAUGUGAACACAAAUGAGAGCUUUUCUAUUGGUGCUUUUCUAUCACUGACGAAGCUGUUCAUGAAAAAACUCUGCAAAUGUAGACAUAGCCUAAGUCCCUGUGAAAGUGAAUGGCAAUGUUUGAAAAUUUGAUUCAGUAUCAUUUGUACCUAGCACCUUAGUCAUCGGUAUAGCAGUCUCCAAAUGAAGUUAAUACACACAGUUUUCUGUGUAUGCAUGAAUGUAAUGUGUUAGUUUUAUGCACAAAAACAAUUUUAGAAGAACGUGAAAGUGACAAAGUCAAGCACUCAAAAGUUAGGAAAAGCCAGUAUUAAGUUUGCCAUGCCACCAGUGCAUUAUGUGCAUGCAUUAUGAUGCAGUUUUUAAUUACAUAAUCACAAUCUAUUUUUGACAUAAAUUUGCCAACAUGUGUAUAUAUAUGACACAAAAGCCAUCCUUCUGCUGAAUUUCAGGUCUCUGUUCCACUGCAUAGGAGUUCUAUAGUAUCUUAAAAAAAUCACCAGAAUUUUUAAACUUUGGCAAAAUAAUGUAUUUUUCCCUUGUUUUGUUCUUGGAAACAGCUACACCAUUUCAGCUAAAAAUUUUCAAAGGCAUUCACCUGUGGGAAAAAUCCAGUAUGUGAAAUUUCAGCCCAAACAGUUACAGUUUGGCAAAUUUCUAAGUAGCUGAAAAAAGGGUUUCUCAUAAAGGGAAAUAUUGGGCAGCCACUGCCUGCUCUCUCUCUAGCAGGGAUGAGCAAUAAUUUUUGAUGGAGGGGGCCACUCGAAGAUUUUGGUAAGUGGUCAAGGGUCUCACUUUUCUAUGGAGGGGAUGCAGGGUCUGGGAUGGAGCUUGGGUAUAGAAGGGCAUUCAGGAUAGGGGACUGGAGCAUGUGUGGGGUCUGAGGGAGUUUGGGUAAAGGAGGGGAUUGUAAUAUGGAGCAGGAGAUUGGGAUGCAGGGUUGCGGAGGGGGUAUGGAUGCAGGAGAGGGUUCAGACCUGGGGAAAAAAUUUAAGAGGGCUUGCAGGGCCUGGCUAAGUGUUGUGACCUAGGGGAGGGAGGGGUGCAGAGGGUUUGAGUGGUGACCUGGGACAGGGAGGGAUUGAUGACCUGGGGUAGGGUGUUGGGAUGUAUGAGGGGUUAGUGGGUCAGAAGCAGGCUAUGGCUGGGAGGCUUUUACUAAGGCACUUUUGGCCAAUGGGAACUUCAGUGAUUCUGCUGGGGGUGAGAGUAGUGCUCAAAAUCUCCCCCCUUCCCCCGGAACCUCCAGCUCCAGCACACAGUGCAGAGAGGCACAUGGAGCAGCCAGCUGCUUUGAGCUUCCCUGAGGGUUCUGGGCCUGGCAGGGCAGGCCACAGGCCGUAUCCAAAGGCUUGAUGAGCUGAAUCUGGCCCGCAGGCUGGAUCUUGCCCAUCCCUGAUCUGUAGUGUGUGCAUACGCUUGAGUAAAAUCAAUGUGUUUGUUACGCAAUAAUAAACUAUUUACUGGUAGAGGGCAUAAUGGUAGACACAGCAGUCUGUGUAACAAUUUAACAGAACAUGGAGAGUAGAAUGUGAGAGAGAAUGAGAUUCUGGAUAACCAUCAGAGUCUGGUUGAAACUCAGUAUGAGACUUUUUUUUUUUUUUUUUUUUUUAAACCGGGGUGAUUAUCCUAGUAUUGGCAGUGAAGUUAAGCCUAACCGUGUCCUUGAAUCAGCCUGUGCCUAUGGAAUAUAGUCUGGUUUUGCUCUGUUCUGAAGCGCUUGCAAUACCAAAGCAUCGCACUUGAUGGUGGACAUAGUUUUACCUUCAUACUGAAUGCUAUUGUUUUUAUGGUUUUAAAUUCAAUAUUUAAUGUUACUUCAGUGUGUAUUGUGGUUUUUGUUCUUUGCAUAUUAAAAAUUGUCAUUGAGGCAUAGUUGUCAGUUGAUGCAAAUAUAUGUUAAAUGCUUUUUAUAUCUCAACGUCAUGUAUGCAGUAGACCACACUGGCUCCUUGUGGAACUAACAUAAUUUAUCAUAUAAAUUCACUGUUUGAAUUUUGUAAAAACCUGUAUUUACUUUGUAGACAAUCAGGGCUCCUUUUAGAGCCAUUGCCAUCUCUUGUGUAAGUCCUUAAACAAGUUUUAAAGAUACAGCUCUGAUAAAAAUCACUGUGGCUAGGUAUAAGAUUACUGAGUGGUUUUUGGUGCCCACAUUAUCAGCAUUUAAGACAAAUCUAAAGACAUGUAAAAGCUUAUGCCACAUUUAUAGUAGCUGAUUAUCAACUGUUAAUAACUGGACAACAUUACUUUUUUUGGAAAAAAAAUACUGUGGAUAGCGUGGGGAUUAGUAUAUAUUUUGGGGACAAGUCUAAACAAUAAAAAUGUGUGAUUUAAAGGA